UGCGUGCACACAGACACACACACACACACUCACACACACACUGGCACAAAUAUAUGCCCUCACACACCUUCACAUUUUCAGUUGCCUGGAGAGUGCUAGAGCAGGAACACUUUCUGGAUAUUUUCACUGAAUCCUUUCAUUAUAAUGGCUAACAUCAAGUGCAGUCCACAGGAGUUAAUUACCGUCUCUCAGGAAGCGAAAACUUUUGCCUACUCUCCGUACAGCAAGUUCAGAGUAGGAGCAGCUCUCCUCACACAGGAUGGAACUGUCUUUACGGGAUGUAAUGUAGAAAACGCCUGCCUCGCAAUGGGUAUCUGCGCUGAGAGAGUUGCCAUCUGCAAAGCUGUUUCAGAAGGACAGAAAGAGUUCAAGGCCAUUGCUAUAACCAGUGACAUGGUGGAUAAUUUCAUCUCACCGUGCGGUGGCUGCAGACAGUUUAUGAGGGAGUUUGGCCUGCAAUGGGAAGUUUAUUUGUCAAAAUCGGAUGGCUCUUUCAUAAAGAAGACCGUGGAGGAGCUCCUUCCUACCUCGUUUGGUCCUGAAGACUUAAUGAGCACUUAAGUGAUUCCUACUGAGAAUAGCCAUUAGAUUAUUUCACUGAAUAAAUACGCUGGCAUCUGAGAAUGCUCUAUGUAUGUAGGCUUAUAUGUCUUUAUAUUUGAAAUGUAUAAACCUUAAUGUAUCCGUUCAGUGGUACUAAAAUAAAGGAAAUUAUUAUUAUUCAA